AAAGUGUGAACUGUCUGGUGACUGAAACUUUGCUGCGCUCCUGGACUUGUCCUGUGCACUGAAGCAGAAAGGCUCCUUAUCCCAGAGAGAAGAUAGAAGACCAGCAUGGAGACUCCAUACACAUCAUCUCAAACCUACAUUGAUGAGUUUGACCCUGUAGAUUACUACAGAACAUAUUAUCACCCUGAAGAAGGAACUAUAACUGGAGAAUGGCUUCAUUUUGCAUUGCAGAAUUUUCAUGAAACUUUCACUUCAGGUGGUGUUAAAGGAGACCUACUUAUUGACUUUGGAGCUGGACCCAGUAUUUAUCAGCUUCUCUCUGCUUGUGAAGCUUUCAACAAUAUCAUCACUUCCGACUUUCUUGAGCAAAACCUAGAACACCUACAGAAGUGGCUGAGAAAUGAUCCUGAUGCAUUAGACUGGACUAAAAUUGUCAAGCUUGUGUGUGAGCUGGAAGGUAACAGUGACAGUGAGAGCUGUAAGAAGAAGGAGGAAAAACUGAGGAGAACAGUGACAAAAGUUCUAAAAUGCGAUGCUCUGAAGAAGAACCCAUAUGAUCCGGUGGAGAUGCCACAAGCCGACUGCCUGAUUAGUUGCCUCUGUUUAGAAGCACCCUGCAAAGACGUAGAAUCAUUCACCGAUACUUUGAGGAAUCUCAAGAGCCUCAUUAAACCAGGGGGUCACAUAGUAAUUCAGAGUGUGCUUAACUGUACAUACUAUUAUAUUGGUCAAAAGAGAUUCUCCUGUCUGCCCAUUACUAAGGAAGAACUGGAGAUGGCAUUUAAGAAAGCUGGAUAUGAAAUAGUGAAACUAAAGGUCAUUGCAGCUACUGAAAAAACAGGAAAGAACAUCUUUAAUCAGGAUAGCUAUUAUUUUGUCCGUGCCCGUAAACCAUGUUCAUAGGGCAAAUUACAUUUUUUUUUCUACACAGGUUCUAAUCAGUAAUUUCCCCUGUUGCUUUCCAAAUUAAUAUUACAAUUGACAAAGCUAGUGAAACAGCACAGAUCAAUUAAAUCCAAGCCAAGUGGAAAUUAAGAGAUUUUUUUCCUCAUUAAUUAAUAUUAUAAUACAUUAAUAUUAGUAAACAUUUAUGAAUAUCAAGACAUUCUAGAUACUAAUAACUCAAGGACAGAUGCAGUGGCAUAGAUACUGCAUUCGUAGCUGAUACUGGACCCUUUCUGCUCACAAUUUUCCCCAGCCUCCAGUGUUUUACACUUACUACUACUUAGAAAAUGCAAGCCAAAUAGGUGUUAUAAUUUGUAGCCAAAUGAAAGGGCAGAACUCUUUCUUCUGCACAAUAGUAGUGGUAGUAUAGCGUGGGCUAGAGGGUUUAGGCAGAGUAAAGGGGGGUGGGGGUGGGAAAGAGCCCAUGGUCUGCACUGGGGCCAACACCCAUAUAGCUGCACCAGAUUGAUCCUGAUAGCCAUUACUAUAUCCAUGCUUUUAAAACUUGCAAACGACCAGUAAAGUACCUUUAUCCAUAUGGAUUUUCAUGAUUGUUGUAAUAAAUAUAUAAUUGCAUUCAA